AUGAACGGUAGAUGGCUGAGAUGGCUGGUUGUCCUGGCUGGUUGGCAGUGCGACUAUGCAGUAUUCCAAGAAUUCGCGGCUGAGGCAGAGGCAUUGGCUGCGCUGACGGCGAACAAGGCUCUGGCUUUGAAAGCCGAUCCUGCAGAAGCAGCGCAGCUGAUAAGAAAUGGAUGGUGGAUGCUGUGCCGUGAGCUCGUCCUUGCCUCUCAUGGCCAGAGCGGCUUUGGGGCCUUGGAGAAGGCAGUUCGCCAGGAAGUGACGCAACUCAAACAGAACGCAGAUGAUCUUCUUUUGGCCUUGAGCCCCCAAGAUGAAAGUCGAAUUGGGAUGGUGCGAUGUGCCACUCAGUGGGCGCAGAACAGUUCAGCGAUUUUCCUCAGCAUCAAGUUUGCGCAUCGAUGGUCUUCACCUGGCGCGUUGAAAGUACAGGACGAGAAGAUCGAGGUCUCCUCAUGCUGUUUUAACUUCUCUGCUUCCGGAGACCACUCACAGCUCAAGAAGCGCUAUGCGCUCGACCUGGCAUUUUACGGCGAGGUUGACCCAGACCACUGGUCAUGGCAACUUGCUUCUGCUGGUCGAAUGACUACAGAGAUUCGCAAGCGACAACGAGGGAACUGGCCUCGACUGCUUGAAUCCAAAAGCAAGCCCGGAAACUUACAGCAGUGGGACUCUAUGCAGGACCGCUGGAAAAGCGAACUAAAAGAGUUCGAUCGCCAGCACAAGGCCGCUAACAAAGAAGCCGAUAGUGCUGAAGGACAGGAAGCUGCAGAGGAAGAAAUGCAUUCCAGCGGCAGGAAGAAAUGCGUGGACAGCCGUGCUUCUCCAUUCUCCAGUGCUGGCAAUGUUGCAAGGCUCUGUGAGGCUUACUGGCCAGUGAGGAUGGACACGAAAAAGAAGGGCAAGUCCUCAACCUGGCUGGUGCUCUUUCAUUCUCCGUCGGAGAUGAAGUGCUACGACCGUGGCGAGGAGUGCCAGCGGGUUAAAGAUCGAUGGGAAGCCGUUGGUCGAAAGGUGGAGCAGGUCAGUGAGGCUUUGGUCGGGGCCGUGGACUGCGACCGGCACGCAGACCUCUGCCAGAGGGAGAAGGUUAGAACACUGCCAUUUGUUCGACGCUAUCGAAAUGGCAAGAAGAAGACCUACUACGGUGAGUGGGACAUCGACUCCAUCAUGAAGAUUGUUGUGGAUUGA